AUGGUUCGGGGCUACUCCAAGCAGGCGUGCAACCCGUUGGCGCUGUGCACGGGGUCCCUCCCAUCCUGGUGUGUAGGCCUCCCGAGGGAGUUCCCCUCGCUCUUCUCCCUCGAGACCCGCCUGUCGCUGCUCCGGAAGACGGCCUUCGGGAUGGCCAGAGCCGUGGCUCACGUUCAGGAAAAGGCCAAGAAUGUCGAGGACAUCCCCGCGGUCGCUGCUCCGCUCCGAUCGGCGGCGGGUACGGCGCGAGCGGGCGGAGGCGUGCUGAGACGAGUGGGUGGCGCCGGCGGAGCGGACUCGCCGGCCUCCUUGGCCAUGCCCCUGCCGGAGCUGCUGCGGCAGCUCGGGAGGCUCGGGCGUUUGACGAUAUGA